AUGCUGAUGCGAGAUGUCCUGUACAAGCUAACGGCUCGUGGCAAAGUCGAACAUGCAGCUAUCUAUAACUUUAACGGAGAAAAAAUUGCCAACACUGAUGGAGUCGAGUUAAGUGUCAAUGAGAUCAAAUCUUUAAUGCAAUGUCUCACGGAUCAAAAAAAGCAGCUGAUACAGAUGAAACUGGCAGGCAACUCAUAUACCUGCAUGCAUCAUACAACACCAAAUGCGUUCGUCGGUAGAGCUGAUCAAACUCUUUUUGUGGCUUGCAAAUGUAAAAAGAGUCUUGUCGUGGGACUAGCGCACACUGACUCACCCGGUUCUUGUAUCUAUGAAAUAACAAAAUUCGGUUCACAGAUUCGACAGCGAGGAGAUACCUACGAACGACCCGUAGCUUCCAGAUCUCUCACUCAGAAAGACCUCAUUUCAUUCUCCUAUCAAGUAGCAAGAGGAAUGGAAUAUUUAGUAUAAAAAAAUUGUAUUCACAGAGAUCUUGCUGCACAUAAUGCAUUAGUAGCAGAAAAUUAUGUAUUAAAGAUUGCAGAUUUUGGAUUGACAUGGCAUCUUCAAAAUAUUGAUUAUUACAAGAAAACUACAAAUGGUCAGUUGCCAGUGAAAUGGAUGGCGCCAGAAGCUUUAUUUGACAAAAAAUAUACCACAAAAAGUGAUGUGUGGUCUUAUGGAAUCCUUCAGUGGGAAAUAUUCACAUUAGGAGGCAAUCCUUAUCCCUCAAUCCCAGUAGAAGAGCUGUUCAAGUUGCUGCGAGACGGCCACAGAAUGGAACAGCCACCAUAUUCUUCAGAUGAAAUGUAUAGUAUAAUGCAAAAUUGCUGGACACAAAAGUCGGAAGACCGGCCUACAUUUUCAACACUGGUGCAAGAGAUUGACAAGAUCCUCACGUCAUUACUAAACGAGAAAUACCUUGAAAUAGAAAGUCCGACGAGUACAACGUCAGACAGAAAGCUCAAAUGGUUCUGA